UAAAUUACUUGACAUUAUAUAAUAAGUUUUUUAGCUAUUUUCAAUAAGUUAUAAUAUGUACACGUAUGUAAUGUAAAUCUAAUAAUUAAAUCAAAUUGAAAUUAAUAUCCUACAUGAUAUUCCAUGGGUAUCGCUUGAUACAGAAACGACAUCUAGAUAAUAAAGAGUUGAAAAUAAAUUUCUUCACAAUAACAUACUCCUAACCUAAUUCGAUUACUGUAUUAGGUAGAUAAAAAUGUAAAAAUACGUUGAUUUUUUAAUAAUACAAAAUAAAGCUACAUUAUUAAUUGCAGUAAAAUAUAAAACAAUUAUAUGUAUCGUAAUAAAAACUUAAAUACAUAUUUUACAGUGUAAUAUAAUCUUAAGUUUCUGUUAGAAAAAGUUACAUUAAUAUAAUAGAAAAUUAAUUUAAAAUAAUGACACGACUGUCAGUACUUAGUGUUAAUGUAUUAACAGUACGAAACUUAAAUGCUUAUGAUCAUAUAAUAUCCAAUGGACCUUAUAUUCAAUGUGUAAGAUGGAAAAGAAAACCAAUUUGGUUAUCACCAGCAAAAUCUAAGCUAUUUAGAGUACCAGAAAGAAAAGUUAUACCUAUAGAAGAAAGUAUUGAACUUAAACGUUUACAUAACAAUUACAGAACGUACAUGAAGUCUUUAAUGACUUUCUUCAUUGAAACAGAAAAAGAAAAAGAGCUUUGUUUCGAUAAACUUGUUGUAGAAAAAAAUGCACAAAAAGAUUUUGAAAUAUGUAGCCAAAUAAAUGAUAAAUGGAACACAAAAGUAGCUAUGAUGCGAGAAAAAAGAUUAAUUCAGGAAAGAGAAGAUCGUCAGAAGGAAAUUCUUGACAAAGUACAAGCGAAAAAGGAAAGAGAUUCGAAAUUGUUAGAAAAAAUAGAUGAAGAAAUCAGAAAAGCAAAAGAAGAAGCUAAAACAUUUAUUACGUCUGAAAAUAUAGAUAAAGCUAUUGUAGAUGCAUUGGAAAAUAUUACAGAACAUAAUGUUGCAAUUGAUCUCAAAGAUAAUUUUAUAAAAAAAAUCUAGAGUUAAAUCAUCUAACAAAGAUGUUAUAUAAUAAAUUUCUUGUACUAUAAUAAAUAAAUAGUGAUCUUUGAUA